AAAUUUUCAGCUCAACUAAGUUUGUUUGUUAGCUUCCUUAGGCAUUGAACCUUACUUUCACAUGCUUGAUUGGCCUUACUUGCUUGGUUAUAUUGCCUAUGUGUAUACCUUGAUUGAUUUGUCUUAGCGCUUGCAUUUUGGAAGUUGGAUAUUGAGAGUGAGUGAACCUAGCCCUCACUAUAUUCUAAGCCUUUUUCCGAGUGACAUUGGUGAGUGAAUUGGGGGUGGGAUUACCAAUUGGGAAGUGAGUUCUUACUAAAAUCUCCCCUUCUUGUGUGUGUGAGUGUGGAUUUUACUAACCCUUAGGACUAGAUCCUAGUUUUUUUUUUUUUAUUUCUUAUUGUAGGUACCAUUGUGAAUGCCACCUCGUACUAGAUCCACCACGAUGGGGGAUCCGCAACCGGGUGCGAGCACGAGUCUUAGUGUGGCGGGGGAUGAGUUGAAAAACUUGAUGGAAAAAAUUAUGACGGAUUUGAGGGAUCUAAAAGAAGGCCAAACCACAAUGCAUGUCACUCAAGAUGCUAUGUUCGGGGAUUUGAAGGAACUCAAGGUGAACCAAGCAUCCAUCCAUGAAAACCAAACUUUUCUCCACGACGAGCUCAACGCUUUGAAGGCCGUGCGACUAUCAAGGUCAAACACCCCUAGGAGCAAUCACACACAUCAUGAUGCCUCCGAGGGGAGUAAUGGAGAGGAAGAGCCAUAUGGUUGGUACGAUCAUGGGGGGCGCGGGGGACAAGGAGGAGGACGGAAUGGGAAUAGGAAUGGUAGGUUCGGGAACAUGAUGGGCGGAAGAGGAAAUGGAAACAUGGGGCACCAUGGGUGGAAUGGUAGGCAUGGAAGAUAUAGAAACUAUGAGGAGGAGAUGGAGCCGCGGUAUGAUGAUCCCACCAAGUCUAUCAAGCACACAUUUCCCGAGUUCCACGGCAAGUUUGAUCCCGAGGCCUACUUGGAAUGGGAGUCACAAAUGAGCAAAAUUUUCUCACUCCAUAACUUUUUGGAAGGUGAUAAGGUGAAGGUGGCAAUAGCCGAGUUUCGUGGCAAUGCGGAUACAUGGUGGAAUGAUACGAUGAGGAGGAGAAGGAUGGUUAGGGGAGGGGAAGUGGGUUCGUGGGCGGAGUUGUGUGAGCUCAUGAGGACUACCUUUGUACCAAAGUCCUAUUUCCUCCGACUUCGAGGGGAGUUUCAAGAUUUGAAGCAAGGGACGAAGAGCGUAAUGGAGUACUACUAUGAACUCCUAUCAUUGAUGAGCAAGGUAGGGGUGGAGGAGCGAGAAGAGGCGACUCAAGAUCGAUUUAUCCAUGGCCUUAACAUCAACUUGAAGCACAAGGUGCAAGUGGAGGCAUUGAGGGGAAUUUCCUUGGACGAGGUGAUUGGGUUUGCCGACACUUUUGAGAGGCAAAGUAAGGAGUUGGUUUCUAGCCGGGCUAAAUGGGCGUCUAGCCAAACCGGAGGGACGGGGACUAGCAAGUGGAGUGCUCCCGGCAAGAAGGUGGAAAACAUGGCCAAUCCAAACACCCAAGGGAGGCCGAUCGCGAAGGCUCUACCGGGUACUCAACCUAUUAAAGCUAUAGCCCCUAUGGAAGACAAGAAGGUUCAAUGUUUCAAGUGCAAGGGGUAUGGCCAUUAUGCACGCGAGUGCCCAAACCAACGGGUAAUGGUUAUCGGGCAAGAUGGUAGCGUGUAUAGUGAGGAAGAUGAAGAAGAUGGGGAGGGUGUGGGCACUAAAGAAGUGAGCCCGGACACCGACAUAGCUUUUUCUAGUGGCGAAGAAGAAGAUACACCCUUAAGGGCUAUGGUUGUACUCCGAAUGCUCAAUGUACAACCCAACCUUGAGGAGCAUAAGGAGCAAAGGUGCAACAUCUUUCAUAUGAAGUGUAAGGUGAAGUCCAAGACGUGCUUGGUCAUCAUAGAUGGAGGGAGUUGUACAAAUGUGGUGUGUGACCGGUUGGUGGCCAAGUUGGGAUUGAAGGUACUUAAACACCCAAACCCCUACAAAUUGCAAUGGUUAGGGGACUCCGGAGAGUUGAGGGUGAAGGCUCAAUGCAAAGUUCCAUUGAAGAUUGGAGAAGUUGAGGAAGACAUCCUAUGUGAUAUCAUUCCUAUGACGGCAUGUCAUGUUUUGCUAGGGAGGCCAUGGGAGUUUGAUAGAAGGGCCUACAAAAAUGGCUUCACGAAUGAGUAUUUCUACAUGCUCAACGGGUUGAAGGUUCGUUUGAAGCCAUUGCUACCUAGUGCCGUGUUUGAGGCUAGCCAACAUCUACAAAAGGAAAGAGAGAGAGAUAGGGAAAAAAGGCUAGUAGAAGAAUGUGAGCUAAAAAAGCCAAGUGAGAGUGGGGGUGGUGAGAGAAAAAUAAAAGCGCCCAAAGGAGAGCACCCACAAACAAGAGGGGGAAAGGAAUGUUUGAUAGCUAGUAAAACCGACCUUGGGUGGGCACUAAACAAUCACCCCUCCGUUCUCCUCGUGGUCCGUAAGGAUUUGUGCUUAGCUACUAACCUUGACCCGUAUCCUUUGAUUGUCCAAAGUGUGUUGCAGGAAUUUGAAGAUGUAUUCCCGGAAGAACUCCCGAGUGAACUCCCUCCCAUGAGGGGGAUCGAGCAUCAAAUUGACCUUUUGCCGGGAUCAUCACUCCCAAACCGGGCCGCAUACAAGGCGAACCCCAAGGAGACACAAGAGCUACAAAGGCAAGUCGAGGAACUCCUUGCCAAAGGUCUAAUUCGUGAAUCUCUAUCUCCUUGUGCCGUACCCGUCAUUCUUGUACCUAAGAAGGACGGAAGUUGGAGGAUGUGUGUAGAUUGUAGGGCAAUUAACAAAAUCACCAUCAAAUAUAGACACCCUAUACCUAGGUUAGACGACAUGUUAGAGGAUCUUUGUGGCUCUAUAUGUUUUUCUAAAAUUGAUUUGGCUAGUGGAUAUCACCAAAUUCGCAUGAAAGAGGGAGAUGAAUGGAAAACCGCUUUCAAAACCAAAUUUGGCUUAUAUGAAUGGCUUGUGAUGCCUUUUGGUUUGACU